AUGUCAUUCAACGGGAAUGAUCUAAGAACUCGUAGGAUGAGAUCGAAAAUUAACCGUAGUAUGGAUGUAAGGAACUUAUUCGGGGAUCCGUUUGCUAUAUCGACAAUAUCUAUUGCAAUUAUAUCAUGGGUGAUUGCCAUUGUAGGUUCUAUUGCAGCUGCUUCUACAAAUGAAACUUUCCCAAGAUUUACUUGGUGGGGGAUUGCUUAUCAAUUUCUCCUUUUAGUCAUUUUGGUUCUGUUAUAUUCAUUCGAUACUGUCGAUUAUUAUAAGAAUUUUUUAACUGGUGCAUUCUCAGUAGCAUUUGUAUAUAAUACAAAUAGUGCCACAAAUUUAGUGUACGCUACGGGAUCUAAGAAAGCUGCAGCUGCAGCAGGGGUAAUCUUAUUAUCAGUAAUUAAUCUGAUUUGGAUCUUUUAUUACGGUGGUGAUAAUGCUUCACCGACUAAUAGAUGGAUCGAUUCUUUCUCCCUAAAGGGUAUUAAAGUUUCUGCAUAUGAAAACACCAUAAUGAGAACACGUCGUCGUACUAGUAGGAAUGCUGUCAAUAAUAGACGAACUAGUAGAUUCAUGCCAAUGAGUCCUGGGUUUAACAACGUCAAACAUGAAAACUAUAUGUCUUCCAAUGCAUUGACUGGGUUUGAAAACGCUGAUCCAUUAGCCACACAAAUGAAUAGUUCACAUACAAAUAUUGAAAUUGAUACAGGGUUGAGUGAUCAACCAGUGCUAUCUGCAGGUUCCAAUAAUAAUACAGAGAACACGUUCUUGUCUGUAACUUCAAACGGUUCUGUAUCCGAUACAACCAUGGGAGACACUUUAGGUCUUUAUAGUGAUAUCGGUGAUGAUAAUUUCAAAUAUACUGCGAAGACUUUAUAUUCAUAUCAGGCCGAUGAUGCUGACCAAUAUGAAAUCUCAUUUGAGCAAGGUGAAAUAUUGAAGGUUAGUGACAUCGAAGGCAGAUGGUGGAAAGCAAGAAGAGCAAAUGGUGAAACUGGUAUUAUUCCAAGUAAUUAUGUUCAAUUAAUUGAUGAUGAUGCUGAUUUUUAA